AUGGCCCGCGGAGGGCGGCUGGCGAUCUCCCCCUGGCUCGGGCCAUGCCAGAUCCCACCAGCCAGGCGGCUGUUGACCGUCCCAUUAAUAAAACCCAGCCAUCCCCCACCACCAGCCAGCGAGCACCCACCCUGGCUGGACCACCACCACACCAUGCCAUGCCUGCCCGCCGACCGCACCCCCUCGCCCGUCUCCUCCGCCACCACCGCCGACCAUCCCGAGCCCAGCCACGCCCGCCCGCCCUCGCCCCCUGCACCCCCACCCGCCGCCCCCUUCCGCCCCCACCUCUCCCUCAAAGACGAGGACCGCGCCCUGCUCUACUGGGUCAGCCAUCUCGGCACCGGCAAGUGGGUCGACAUCGCCAAGCGCGUCGGCAGCCGCAGCGGCAAGCAGUGUCGCGAGCGCUGGACCAACCAGCUCGACCCCCUCAUCGACCAUUCGCCGUUCACUCACAACGAGGACAUGCUCAUCAUCGCCAUGCAGCAGAGUCUGCAAGCCAACCGCUGGUGCGAGGUGUCCAAGCACCUGCCCGGGCGGCCCGAGAACGCCAUCAAGAACCGGUGGAACUCGCGCGAGCUGCAACGCAAGCGGCACGAGCUGCUGGCGGCGCGCGCCCAGCCGCCGGCCGUGGGGCUGUUCCCGGGGCGGCCCGGCGGAUGGCCGGGGAGCCCGGCGCGGCGGGCCCGGUCUUCGACGCACCGACGGCUGCCGUACGAGCCCGCGGGGGGGCCGAAAGCCGCACACGGGCUAUGGCCGACGCAGUCUUCGACGCUCGCCGACCCGCUGUUCCCUCCUCUGCAUGAGCACCACCCGACCACGGCAGGAGGCGGCUCCUGGCCCGGCCGCUUCCUGCCCCCCGCUGCUGGCGGCUCGCCCCCCGCUUCGGGGCUGCAGGAGAGCCCGCCCCCGCGCUUCGGCCCGCCCUUCUACACCCCCCCGCAGGCCCCGCAGGCCGUCUUCGCCACCCCCGUCGCCGACGACGCGGCCCUGGGGGGCGCUAGUGGGCCCGGGACGCCGGGGUUCCCGCUGUGGCCCGACGACGAGUGGCGCCCGGCCGGCUUGCUCCCCAAGCCCGCGCCCCCCGCGCACCCGCGCCUCCACUCGCCCCCAGCCCUCGACCAGCCCUGGACCGCCCCCGCUCAGCUCCACGCCCUCUUCCCCCUCCACAGCCACUUCCAGGGCCUCUCCCGCCCCGCCGCCGCCGCCGAAGACGUCCUCCUCGCCGGCUUGCUGCCGCUCUGGAGACCCGGCGGCGGCCCGCUCGGCGACGCGCUUCCGGGCGCCGGCGGGAUCUUCCGGCAGGCUGACUUGCUGGAGGCUCGCGACGACCAGCUGGACCGGCUUCAGCACGACCGGCUUCAGCAGGAACUUCCCGAGCAGCUGCAGGAGCAGCUCCAGCAGGACCUUCGCCAGCAGCUUCGCCAUGGGCUUCGCGAGCUUCGGCACGGCCGGCUCGACCAGCAAGACCAGCUCCAGCAUCAGCAUCACCAUCCCCAUCCGCACGAGCAGCAUCCGCGCCAACAGCAUCCGCACGAGCAGCAUCCGCACGAGCAGCAUCCGCACGAGCAGCAAUGUCAGCAAUAG